UUCCCAUCAUCGACUCAUUUUCUCAGGAAAUUAUUGUUCAUAUAUUUCAGGAUUAAUUUUUAAGAAGAAACGAGUGCGCGGCCGGACCAGAUCAAAUUAUAGUGUUUCAGCAUGGGUGUUCUUGGAGCCAUUGCUAAAAAUUUGGAUACAAUAAUCGGGCCAGGCCUUAUGCUUCUUUAUCCAUUGUAUGCAUCAAUGAGAGCAAUCGAGAGCCCUUCAGCACUCGACGAUCAACAGUGGCUAACAUAUUGGGUUAUAUACUCUUUCAUAACCUUAUUCGAACUGUCCUGCUGGAAAGUCCUAGCUUGGAUUCCAAUAUGGCCGUAUACGAAGCUGUUAUUUUGCAUUUGGUUGGUGUUGCCAAUUUUCAAUGGGGCAGCCUAUAUUUAUGAGAACGUUGUGAGGAAGUAUGUAAAGCUUGGAAUGGAUACGACGAGCUCAAACUAUACAGCGGGUCAGAAGAAGGUCCUGCAAAUGAUGAGCCUCGACGCAAGGAAGUCCGUCGAACGCUUCAUCAAUCAAUAUGGAGAUGAUGCUUUCGAAAGAGUCGUCAAAGCGGCUGAAAAAGAAGCUAGGAGAUACUGAUCGAUGCAGCAAUUAUGUAGCUACAAACAUAUAGAAGAGAUGUGCAUUCUAGUCUUUGUAACUUUCUUUCAUGAUCAAUGUAAUUAGAAGCUUAUAUAUGCUUUAUUUUCUCUCAAGUAUUGGAGAAAAUGCAUGUCGAUAAAUGUACUUUGAAGAAAUACAGCAAAAGUGAAAUUUCUAUUGCAGUA